CCAUCUCUGUGAAGAUCAAUCAGUUUUCUGCGGAGCUGACACUUUUUUCCACUUCUAUUUGGAAUAUUGAUAUUCCAUAUCAACCUGCCGAUACUAAGAGUUCUCGGAACGAAAGUAUCUCUAAACUGUAUUUCGUCACUGUUUUAACAAGACCAAGAGGUUUACUCUUCUCAGACCGUUGGAGGCAUUUAGACGUAUAUAGCCGGCAAGACACAGGGAAAUCUACAUUGAAAGUACUCUCUGAGUUUGUCAGAAGACAAGGUUGUUUGCGGACCUUAACCGGGAUGGCAUGGUUCAUUUUGAUUGUUUAUCAAGCAUUCCUUCUUGCUGCAGCCAGUGCGAAUUCAACACUCCAAGUGCUUAAAAAGCAUUUGACCAACUCCCGUUACGACAGAGGAACACAUCCCAAUGAUGGAGCGAAUUACACGUUAAUAUUGGUGGAUCUUUAUGUGGAAUCGUUCGGAAAGAUAGAAGAAGUCAACAUGGAAUUAGAUGCGUAUAUGUACUUCCGUCAAGAAUGGCACGACCCUCGAUUAGCAAACGUCGUGAACAAAACUGUGCAUCUGGCCAGAGAUGACAUCAACUUAAUAUGGAGGCCUGAUACUUUCUCAUAUAAUUCUCGCGGAACAGAUUUGGAUAAAGAAGACAAAAGCUUACAUUCCGCUAUGAAAGUGGAGCCCUCAGGGCACGUCUUCUACUCAAGAAAUACUCAUUUAGUGUCUGCCUGUAAUAUGGAUCUUCACGACUUUCCAAUCGACACACAGAACUGUUCGCUCACAUUUGGGAGCUACGGGUUUUCUACGCGAGAUGUUGAUUACAGGUGGAAGCGAGACUUUAUCACCGUCGAACAAACUACAAUGGCGCAGUUUUCGAUCGUAUCGGCAAAACCCUCACGCCGAGUUGGAGUAUAUAUCUCAGGUAACUAUACCAUUGUGGGAGCAUUCUUCUUGCUGCAGAGGCGUCUGGGAUACUACAUGAUCCAGCUGUACCUUCCAUGUAUUUUCCUGGUAAUGCUCAGCUGGAUCGUGUUCUGGAUGAGUCCUGAUAAUGGAGGUGACAGGCUGACUGUCGGCAUCACUUGCAUUCUCACUAUUGUUUUCCUAUUAGGCUACAUCAAUGGCAUGCUGCCCAAGGUGAGCUAUGUGAAAGGAGUGGACUGGUUCCUAAUGACGUCAUUUCUUUUUAUCUUUCUGUCGCUGGUUGAGUGUGUACUGGUAGAGAGAUUGGCCAAUGAGAACCAAAAAGAAGAGAUCAAGGAGGAAGGAAUAAACAACGAAGGACUGAACACUUCACGAUUAUCCUUGAGCAAGCUGAACCCUCGUUAUCGCAGGAACUCAAAAAGUUUGAACAUCUCAAGUGACUCCGUCAAAUCCCCUGCUAAGGGAAGAGUUCACAUCCUACCAGUGACGGCCACAGCCCCUCGUAACGAGACUACCCCGAAUGACGAGACACCAGAGCUAUCUCAGAAGAAUGGAAGCUUCUUACAGUGUCUUGAAGGAAGCCCAAGGUCACCCAGAACUAAAUGUGGAAUGAAAAAAAGAACUCUCCCUGAAAAAAUUGACUUUGCCUGUCGAAUUCUGUUUCCCCUUUCCUAUGCCUUGUACAAUUUGGGCUACUGGUAUGUUUAUUUGCACGGCAUUGAUAUUAUCACAUGAGAUUUUCACUUUAAUCGUAAAACCGAAAGUCAUCGUAACUCCCCAGUGCCAAUGGUGGUUGUCGCACAACAAUCCAGACUCGUUGCGGGACGAAUCAGGAUAUGACUGCCUAGACAAGUUUUUGUUCCCGUAAUAGUCAAUCUAUUUUUUUCGAAAUUAUAUAUCUCUACGUACUUACACAUGAAAUGCUUUCCUAUGAAAUACACGCAACGGAAGUAAUUGGUGUGCGUAGAAUCCCUUUUUUCUGAUUGUAUGCUUAGUUUGUAAAAAGCUCUAUUGACUUCGUUUUUUGGUUGGUUCUUACUUCUGGUCUAUUGGAGGUCAGCCGCAUAGAUGACAUCAUUAUCAAAAAUUGUUUUUGCUUCUUCACUAUAUAAAACGAAUUGAUUCCAUGUUGCCGUGGGUCUGGGCACGAUGACGUCAAAAUGUAGUAAGAACAAAAAAUGGCACACUACUAGACGCAGGCGCAGACGCAGCCGAUUGCGUCUCUGAUGUCCUCACCGCAUUUUGACUUCUAUGGCAACAUUGAAUCUAUCUCUGAGCAUUAAUAAUUAAUGAAAAAACCUUAAAAUACUGUACAAAAAACUGCUAACGUAAAUGUCUGUGCGACUAUUGUACUGAAAAACACAUUUAAACCAGGAUAUAAACUAUAGAGUUAACUGUGUGUUGGAUGUCUUACAAAUUAGUUAAGUAAGGCAACCUACAAGAAUUGGCCAUGUAGAUUUAGUUACUGAAUUUAUAUGAAUUGUUUACGUGUAAGUUCUUUUGGUUUUCACAUCGUAACCAUUAAAGCUAUAGGUUAUUGCAACCUUCAGUUUGUAAAAGUA